AUGUCGCAGCAGUCAAAUUAUUACAGCUCGUCUGUAUAUGAGGACAGUACAGCUUUACUUACUCCUAUUCCUACAUUGACAGACACGCUUUCGACUUCAUUUGCCGACUCAGAUAUAAAGAAGUCUUUGUUCACUAGUGGCUACAAACAACCUUUGGAAAGAGACCUGAAGGGAAAGGAUUUGUCUGGGAUCGAGCUGGACAUUUAUCUGAAGUAUGGAAACACUUCGAUCAGCUUGCUUCAACUUCCGAUGGCCUUCCAAAAGUUAGAUGCCAGCGAUGUCAUAAGAUACUUGAGCAUCCAGGGCAUACCAAGCAAGGAACAAACUCUAUGGGUCGGCAUUGGAGAGGAGAAAAGUGUCGUCGGGCUGGAACACAGGCUCAACAACCUAAUAUUCGCCGGCUUUUACAAGACGAGACUUUACUAA